ACUAAUUCAAAAUGCGUUUCGUGCGGCGGGGAACUGUUCCCAAGAUCCUAUCUGGUUGCGUUGUAGUCGCACUCAUGGUUACCCUGUACAUUUUGAACGACGAGAGGGAACUGGAUAAGAGCCUAAAGAUCGAAAUUAUCGAGCGCUCCAUAAGAUCGGCGGUGAAUCAGGGCGAGUGCCGCCAUCCCCAUCUUCCCCUGGACAAUCCGGACAUCAUGAAGUUCUACAAGCCGGUGGAGCGCAUCAACUGCGGCGAGGGAAUGGACUGGGUGAUGUGCGAGAAAUCCAUUUGCUUUGUACGACCGGAGAUCGCCUCCAGCCACGAGGAUGUCAUCUGCUCCUACACGGACAUCAUCCGCAAAUCCGACUAUAAAGUGCGCUUUGGGCGCACGCUGCGUUUGAAGGAGCCCUAUGUCCUGCAGGCCAGCGACUUUGUCAAGGUGGCUUGCAAAUCCUCCAAUGGCGAGAGUUGGUUUGGCAUGGCCCAUGGCAUUCGGGAUACCGUCCAACGACCGCUGGCUGCCAAUUUCUCACCCAAUCUGGCUGUCCUGCCGCCCGAGGCUGUCGCCCAGGCUCAGCAGCAAAUGCAGGAUGUGCCCACGGCCUCGUUCUACAAUGUCCUCAUGUUUGGCUUCGAUUCGUUGAGUCGCAACGCCUUUAUGCGCAAGUUGCCGCGAACCUACGAGUAUCUCACCCAGCAGCUGGGCGCCACCGUCCUCAAGGGCUACAAUAUCGUGGGCGAUGGCACGCCGCAGGCCUUGGUGCCCCUGCUCACGGGUUUCACCGAACUGGAGCUGCCGGAGACGAGGAAGCGACUGUCCGGCGCCGGCAGCGUGGACUCGUAUCCCAUGAUUUGGCAGGAUUUUGCCCGUCUCGGCUAUAUGACGUCGUUCAACGAGGAUCUGCCCAAUGUGGGCACUUUUACCUACCGCAUGACGGGCUUUGAGAACCAGCCAGUGGACCAUUACCUGCGCACCUACUACAUCCAGGCGGAGCACAUGGCCGCCGAGAGUCAGCCAAACUGCAUUGGCCACCAACCGGAUCAUCUCACCAUGCUGGAGUAUACGAAAAACUUUAUGCUCAAGUAUCGCGAUGCCCCGCGCUUUGUCUUCAGCUUCCAUGGCGGCUUGUCGCACGACUCCAUCAAUCUGGUGGGAGCAGCGGAUGAUGACGUGCAUGACUGGCUGGUGGCGCUCAAGGAACGAUCGCUGCUGGACGACACCAUCCUCAUCAUGAUGGCCGAUCACGGCAAUCGAUUUGCCGAGGUGCGCGCCACACUGCAGGGAAAACAGGAGGAGCGACUGCCUUUCUUCAGCUUCACCUUUCCCGAGUCGUUCAAGAAGCGCUUUCCGCUGGAGUACAAGAACUUCCUGGCCAACGAGAACCACCUGACCACGCCAUUCGACAUACAUGCUACUUUAAAACACAUUAUCCAACUACAAACGGCUAACGAUCAAUUGGGAGAGAUGAACGAUCUGAGAACUGAUCCCAGCAAGCCCAGCGUUCACAUCUCUGAGCUAGCGAGAGGACGCGCCAUGUCGCUUUUGGAUCCCAUUCCGAGCAACCGAUCCUGUGCGGAUGCCUACAUAGAGCCACAUUGGUGUGCCUGCCUGAAUUGGCUGCCUUUGCAGUUGAACGACACCCGCUACUCGGGCAUUAUUCUCAAGGCGGCACAAAGCAUUGUCAAUGCCAUCAAUUUGGCCACCGUGGAGCAACGCACGCUCUGUGCUCCUCUGCAGCUUCUUCGCGUCAAUUGGGCGCUACGCCUGCAGCCGCACAAGGAGCUGCUGCAGUUCAAGACGAACAGCGACCGCGACGGCUUCCUGGCGGACAUGACGGGCCAAACGGUGGUCCGGGAUGAGAUGUACCAGCUGCAGGUGGUGACGCUGCCCGGCGAGUCGCUGUUCGAGGCGAGUGUGGCCUACAGCCUGCAUACGUUUAGUGCCACCACCAAACUCACGGACAUUUCGCGUGUCAACAAGUACGGAAAUCAGGCCCGGUGCAUUUACGAUCGGGAUCCCGAACUGCGGAAGUACUGCUAUUGUCGCGACUAAAUUGCGCACAAAGAAUCUAGUCCGAAACCAUAGAACUGCUAAGCAAUCAACUCGAAUAUAGAUUUUUGCACUGUUUUCGAAUUGUUGUAAUUGUCGUAGUUGUUAAGAGGUUUUUCCACUAACUCCCAAAGAAUAUAGUCACUGUCUCUCUUAGGUUAAAAGAUCUGCCUCAGUUUGUAAUAUAGGUUCCUUUAAUCCACAUUAGUAUUCUGGUAAUAAAAAUACCUUUUGUAUGGGUGAAGAAAAUAAAAAUGUCAAUUUAUGACAAAAAUAA